GACUAAGAUAGGUGAGCUUCGCUUCGCUUAUCAUCAAUCUAAUACAAGCCCGGCUAGAUCUAGUUAGGCUAUCUACGGACUGUGAUUGUUACGUGAGGGAGCCUCAUAUAUAGCAUGCCAAUUCUUGCCAUAUUGCUGCAGUCUUCUGCAGAGCCUCCAGGCACACUAUAACAAUUUCAUGAUCUUUUAACUUCUCAUAAACGCGAUUACAGAUUCAGUUACCAUAAAUUCAAACGUCUUAUCUUCAUUAUCUAGAUAUCUGCAUCUUCGCUACAAGAUGUCAGUCUCGAACGGUACACAAGCGAGGCGAAUCGUCGAGCUGGCAAACUUGAUUCAAGAUUCUGUAGCCAAAUUGGAUCAAGUGCUCAUAGGCCAAAACGCUCCAUUGCCCUCGUUUGAAGAAGAUGCUCCUACAUCCCUACCAGACGAGGCUUCGGAGUUUCAGCGAACAGUGCUCGAUGCUACUGAUGAGCUCCAUGAUCUUCUCCUUGAUCCGUUGAGUUUGAUAUACAAGAAUUCGACACGCUACAAUCUUACGAGCCUGAAGGUGAUUGGCCGCUUCAACAUUGCCAGCAUGGUUCCGCCGGGCGGCAUGAUAUCCUAUGAGGAAAUUGCCAAGCAGACGGACCUUAAUGAGUUUACAGUGCGUCGCCUUCUCCGUCACGCCAUGACCCUCCACAUCUUCCAGGAACCGGAGCUUGGUAUGGUUGCCCAUACUAAUGCGUCUAAACUGCUCCGGGAGCCGGGACCAAACGCCUUCAUGAGCUUCCAUCCUGAAAUUUCCUGGCCGUCGACUGUGAAAUUACUCGAAGCAUGGCAAAAAUGGCCGGGAUCCGAAGAACCCGGCGAAACGGCGUUUUCGCUUGCACACAAUGGCGUGGCCUCUUUGUAUGAGCUCUUCUCUAGCAACCCAGAAGGGGCCUUGCGAUUCGCUGCGGGUAUGCAGGUCUUUGGGAACCUCCCCCAGUUCCAUAUGAACAGGACCGUAGAGGGAUACGACUGGCAAGCGCUCGGCAAGUCGAAGAUCGUGGAUGUGGGCGGGUCAGAGGGCCAUCUGUGCAUUGCCCUAGCGGAGCGCUACCCGGACCUCACUUUUGUCGUCCAGGACAUGGAGAAGGUGGUCGAAAAGGGUCGGGCCAAUCUUCCGCGUGAGCUGGAGGGCCGCAUCGAAUUUGUGGCCCACGACGCGUUCCUUCCACAAAAGGUCGACGCUGAUGUUUACCUGUUCCGAACCGUGUUCCAUAACUGGUCCGACAAGUACUGUGGUCAGAUUCUGCGUGCGCUCGUGCCUGUUUUAAAACCUGGCGUCAAGAUACUGAUCAAUGAUAUGUGUCUGCCCCGACCAGGAACCAUCCCGGCGCAUGUAGAGCUGGAUAUGAGGUGCAAAGACUUGUCUAUGGCUGCUCUCUUCAAUGCGCGUGAAAGAGAAGAGAUGGAAUGGAGAAGCUUGUUGUCAGAGGCGGACUCUAGAUUUGUGUUGAAGCGUGUGAUUCAGCCUCCUGGCUGUGCUUUGGCUAUUAUUGAGGUGGUUUGGGAGGAGACACCUUUGGCUUCCUAAACAUCACUCGAGCUCAUGUACUGUAGGAAAGUGCCUAGGUUGAGCUGUCGCGAAUGGUAAUAGCUGAAGGAUACUAAUGGCUAUAGUGAGGGUCUCUGACACUCUCACCUGUUGGGUACGAUUACGCCUUACCUACGAUGUUUCUAGAUUUGCAUAUAUACAAAU